GCUGUUGCUUUUGGAUGACGUGACGAGCGCAGCAUAAGCAUAGAGACAUCAGAAAUCAGUUUUGGAGUUUUGAUAAAAAGUAAAUAAUUGUAGCAACCUCAUAACAUCCUACAAUAUUGAUUUUUUUAAUGAAACGUGUAUAACAUCUCUCAAAGUUGUAACCCAGGCGUAUCGCAAAUACGGCUUUACGCUAACAGAAGAAAUAUCCCACUAUUCAGGGGGAAAAGUAUUGACAGUUGAAAUCAGUAGCAGGACCAGUUUCUCGUUUGACGAGACGAGAAAUCAAUCAAGAUUUACAGGUGGACGAGGCGCAUCUGAGUCGGAUGCGUAGGGUUGUAUUUUUGAAUCUGGGACAUUCUCGAAAUUAGUAAAGCGAAAGUGAUUAAACAUCACAGUUCUAUCGAGAAGGUAUGGAGAAUAACUCGUUGCAUCCGAAUGCAGAGUAUACCAAAGCAAAUGACGAGCAGGAAAAAUGCGGGAGGAAAUGUGAAGCCCCGCUGAUGAAAAUAAAAACGUACCUCUCGGCACUUAGACCAUGGUCUCUGUCGGCCAGUUUGGUUCCGACGCUGCUAGGCGCAGCAAUUGCAUAUCGUACCGUUGGAUUCCACGAGUUCAAUUUUCUCACGUUCGUCUUCACAAUACUCACUGUAGUUACGGUUCACUGCGCAGGAAACGUGGUGAACACGUAUUUUGAUUUCGUGAAGGGGAUUGAUAAUCGCAAAUCGGACGAUCGAACACUGGUGGACCAUAUUUUAACUAAGGAUGAGGUCGUCACCCUAGGAGCUCUUCUGUACUGUGCGGGAUGUUUCGGAUUCAUCCUACUUGUUUAUCUUUCGCCUGCCAAAUUGGAACACCUGGCAUUGGUAUACUUUGGUGGUUUAUCAUCUAGUUUCCUGUACACAGGUGGAAUAGGACUGAAGUAUAUUGCAUUAGGAGACGUGUUGAUUCUGAUUAUUUUCGGGCCGAUAUCUGUACUGUUUUCCUAUAUGGCACAAACUGGCCACGUUGAAUGGAUGACCAUUUACUAUGCAAUCCCGCUAGCCCUCAAUACGGAGGCAAUUCUGCACAGCAACAAUACGCGCGAUGCUGAAGCGGAUAAGAAGGUUGGGAUUGUAACGUUGGCUAUUCUCAUUGGCCGUACCUCCUCCCAUAUACUUUACGCACUGUUACUGUUCACUCCAUACGUGAUGUUUGUGGUGUUAGGUGUAAAGUAUUCGGGAGCCUUCCUGAUACCAAUGGUAACGCUGCCACAAGCUUUCAAGAUAGAGAAACAAUUCCGCAAUGAGGCUACAUUGCACGGAGUGCCUCGGCAAACGGCAAAGCUGAAUCUUUUCUUCGGUAUUCUGUACGUGGUAGCUUGCUUUUGUGCGUCCCAACUGCCGUUCAUCGCGAGGAAAUAAGAGUGGCUUUCGGAUGGUGAAAUAAACCGCUUCCAAACGAGAGACUAUUGAAUCAUCUUCAGGUAUGAACUUGCAUCUAAAUGCAAUGGAAAACACAAACAAGCAUGGGUUCGUGGAGCCAAUUCUGUUUUUUUUGUGCGCUAAUCACUCGAUCUUACACAGACUUACUACUUUUAGCGAUAAGUUAUUUAUUCUUGAGAUAAAGAGAUUUCUAUUAUUUUUUUAUGCUGAGCAUGUGUUCUAGCUGUUAUCGAGACCACUUAAGAACAAGCCCGAGUCUAAAGGGCUUGUUCUAAUUAGGAAUAUUGACGGAUUUCACGCCAACUCGUCUAUGGGAUUGGCAUGACCCUCUUGGAACUUAAUGAAACUUUCUGGGCGUGAAGACCUUACCUAAUUAAGCAACUAGGCAUACUUAGUUUUCCGAAAAUUUAUCUAGACUAACAUAUGGAAAGGGCUAAAUAAUUUUGGUAAUUUUUUUAUAUUUUUUUUUACUCGAAAAUGGUAAGUCCUACAAAAAAAAAAGAUCUAUGGAAGAGUUUGCGGAAAAUAAUUGAAUAUUCAGAAAAAAAUACUGAAAAAUAUUUUUCUAAAUUCUACACUAAAAAAAUCGAUUUCAAAAACUAUAAGUCGAUUUUCUCAAAAUAGUCAUCUCAGAUUUUGAUGAAAUGGUAGAUAAAUUAAAAAUAAAUAUGGGCCCUACAACUGUUCCAUACAUCGCAACUUGUGCAUAUUUAAGGCAAAAAAGUUUUCCUAACCAAAACUUUUUCAAGAUUUUUUUUUUAAAUUUUUCUAUUUUUUUGUUUUAGUAUAGCUAUAGAAAAAAAAUCAAUAACAGGUAAAAAUGGAUCAAUGGUGUCUCUUGGAUGCUAAAGUACAGUUUUCAGCUUGUUUUUGUAGUCAAAUACAAUAUGUUUCAAUUCAGAGAGCAACGACAGCUCUCAAACAAUAGCCAUCUGCCAAAAAUCUCUUGAUCGGUCGGUCAGGUAUCGAAUAGUUGUUGUAGAUUUAGGUAUCUAUUAAGAGUCACUGUAAGUCACUGUAGAUAUGAUAAUAAUAAAUGGAUUGUAGAGAUACCUAACGGAUGAAUAAAAUGGCUCUGCAGUUGUUUGAAAAUUACCAGUCGUGACCAGCAGCAAAUAUAAAGUGACGGAAAAUAAAAAGCAUUAUUUUGUUUCUGCGUAGUCAUCACAAUUCAACAAAGAAAAGUGUGACAUUGUUUAGCAACAUGAGUCAAGCCGUGAUCUCCAGGAUUUGCAAGGAUUACAAAAUCAGUGCUGGUAUUAACAACCCCAAGUGUAACCGUAAUAAACUACGUCGGUUAACAGAAAUAGAGAAAAUACGUUUACUGGGAUAUACCCAUCCGUUGGAUGAUACAAUGCGAAUUUGUGAAUCUUGUUUGGCAGUGAUUUGGCACAAUAGGUGUGUCCCAAAGAGAAAACGACGUAUAGAUGAGGAUAGCGCUAACCAAAAUAUUGAAGAUUCACAAGCUCCAUCAAAUGGUCUGUGUAUUUACACGAUUACUUGUCGAUGGAUGAAGAUUUUGAAGACUUUGCUUGGACAAUACCCCUUCUGAAAUAUAACAUUGAAUUAUAAGUAAGUUAUAUUGAGUUGUACGGCUACUGUUAGAAAGUAAAAUCAAUAUAGGAUAGGUGCGGUAGUAUUGGCAAAUGCAUCAGCAUUAGCACCAUUCUCAUAAGUACAAUGGUAUCAGUUUUGGUACUACUCCAUUUAUACUCAGCCAAAACUGAUGCAUUUUCUAAUUAUUGCCAACACUACCACACGUAUGCAUUAUCGAACCCCAGAUCAUUUGAUGGAGCUAUUCAAUAUUUUGGUUAGUUUUAUCCUCAUCUAUACGUCUUUUUUUCUUUGGAACACACCGUUUGCUCUAAAUCACUGCCAAAUAAGUUUCACAAAUUCGCAUUGUAUCAUCCAAUGGAUGGGUAUGUACCAGUAAACGUAUUUUCUCUAUUACUGUUGAUGUUAACCAACGUAGUUAAUUACGGUUACACUAGGGGUUGCUAACUAUUUCCCGUACAACAUCGAGUCUCACUCGUAGUGUACUUGCAUAAAAUAGGGCGCUAGAACGCUCAGCAGAGUAUUACGCAAAAACGAAAUAAUGCUCUGUUUCUUUUCUGCCACUUUACAUUUGCUGCCGGUCAUGACUGGUAAUUUUCAAACAACUGCAGAGCCAUUUUAUUCAUUCUUUAGGUAUCUAUACAAUCCAUUUAAUGUUAUAUCUACAUUGACUUACAGUGACUCUUUAUAGAUACCUAAAUCUGCAACAACUAUUCGAUACCUGACCGACCGAUCAAGAGAUUUUUGGCAGAUGGCUAUUGUUUGAGAGCUGACGUUACUCUCUGAAUUGAAACAUAUUGUAUUUGACUACAAAAACAAACUGAAAACUGUACUUUAGCAUCCAAGGGUCACCAUCAAUCCAUUUUUACCUGUUACUGCUUUUUUCUAUAGCUGAAAAUUUUUAAGAAAAAAACCUGGAAAAGUUCAUUGAGUUCUGAGAGGGUCAUGCCAACAUCUGGUCUAUUGUUAAAAUUAUUAUAUUGUUAAAUAUUAUUUGGAUUCUACUACCUUCGUUCCAUCCUGUGUUUGCUGGCCCUCUCUCUGAAGUGUUUCGACAACGAGAAAAAGACAAUUAACUACGAUGAAGAUUAGUUUUAGAAUCUUGCGUGAAAGAUCGGCAGCUAGAUUGUUAAAAUUGCAAUAUCUUUAAGGACGCUUUGAGGCCAAUAAGGGGAGAUUGUUUCAUGACGUGUUUUGGAUCAAUGAGAGUACACCAGCCUGAGGGAAACGAAACAAGAAGAUGUAAAUUAAGGUUUGUUCAAAAUUUGCAAUUCUAUAGUUUUGGUGAUAUGACCAUCUAAUAUUUAAUAUACUAGGUUUUUUCUUCCUUAUUUUUUCAUUAUAGCCAAGGAUUUAUCCUCAUAAAUGUUCAAAUAAUGUUCUGCUCACAUAAGCACAACAUGAUUUUUCCCUGCUAGAGUCUCUACCACAUAUCAUAAUUUAGAAGAGAUUCAAUCAGACGAUUAAAGGUUGCGAAUUCGUAGCCCCCACCAAGACACACACACAUAUAUACAAAUAUAUUUCUAUUGGUGGAUAAACCUUAGACAACACAAUACGAUUGAUGCGUACUUAAGAAUACCCCUCAUCAGAUAAUUUUUAAAAAACUCCGUUACCAGUGCGUGAUGUUUAGGUGGAAAAUGAAUCUAAUAAAAGUGAGCGACAAUAAUUAGCCGUACUGAUAUUGAGAUCCAUAACAAAAGCCCGAUAAGUACCUAAUGGGGCAACGUUUCCUCAUCUCGUUUAUUGUCGAACUAGGUUUGCAAAAAAUAAAAUGAAGAAAACAAAGACGAUUAAAAAUAAUGCAGAGGCCGCUGUAUUAUGUUUCAAACUCUAGACGGCGAAAUUGACACAAUCUUGAAGAAGAUUAAACACUACAUUUCCAGGAAGUAGGAAUGCAACACCAUGCUGUUUCAAACUUGUUCGUCUUUUGUUCUUAAGUGCAAUCAGAGGAUUUUUUUUUCAGAAAAUUAAACUUCAAAACAAUUAGUAGGUACGAGAGGUUCGAAUACGGAAAUUGAUUCAGAUGGGAUGUGUCUUCGCGGGUGCAUAAACAAGUUUUACUCCAAGCAGCCAAGCAAAACAUAGAUAAGGCGUAUACAGUUAAUUACACGUUAUGCUUUUGCUUGAUAAUGAAAGAAAAAUAUCAACUAUAAAUGAACGUCAUUUUUACUAUAGAAUUUUAUAAAUUAUUGAAAUGAUGAGAAUAACUGAUGUAGAUAAUAAUGCAGUAAAGAAAAAAAGAUGCAA